ACUCGUUCGCUGAUCCUGCCGCUUUCCGAAGAUCCUUUGCAAAUUUGUUUUUCUCUCACUAAGGCUUUUCGAAUUUUGCGAAAUACCAUGUCUUAUCAACUUUACCGCAAUACAACAUUAGGCAACAUGCUACAGGAAACCCUAGACGAGAUGCUUCAGUACGGGCAAAUUACUCCACAUCUGUGUAGUCGCGUGCUGAUACAGUUUGAUAAGUGCAUCAAUGCAGCACUAUCGAAUAGAGUCAAGUCGCGUGUCACUUUCAAGGCAGCGAAGCUAAACACAUACCGCUUUUGUGACAAUGUCUGGACGCUGAUGCUCAACGAUGUCGAGUUCCGGGAGGUGCACGAGUUUGCCAAGGUGGACAAAGUGAAAAUUGUUGCUUGUGAUGGCAAGAAUGUUCCGAUAUCAGAUGAACCAACUCGCACGGACCGAUAAGAAAGCGGGUCAUGGCAGGCUGCACUUUCCUGUGCAAAGUGUAGCAAGCUUUACACGAUUUUCUUCUACCAUCUCUUGUUUUAGUUGAUAAGUCUGCUCGAACAUGGGCAUACGAACGAAUGUGCAACAAAUAAAAACCAUUACUUGUACGAUGUUAGCGAAUUAGCUACGAAAUAUAAAACGGGAUAAAGAUAAGGUAUGAACCUACAAAGGUGUAGUUGUGGAUGUAACACAAAACUGCUGGUUGCCUAGUAACAGGCCAAUUAUCUGAGGGUCAAGUUCAGACAAUCAAACUAAUUUUUGGGAACGUUCCGUUUAUCAACCAAGAAUCCGUUCUGGUCGCAAUCUCUUAUUGAUGAAAGUAAAAAGUUAGCUCGUUUAGCGUGGCUUCCAUGUAUCGAAUCAUGUGCCUCAAAAGCACUCAGACACUAAGUUGCUCUGUGGCUAGACCUAGACCAGAUUACGUUAAA